GCAGCCAUAUUCUUGUUACACAUCAUGUGCAUCGCAUUUGAAGAACGGGGAGUAAGUCAGUCACUCAUUCAGUUACAGACAAUGGCGGUAGUCAUUGGCAAAAAGAAAAAAAACCUAGUGUGAAAAUAAAAUGCGUGACCUAUGUACUGCUUUUGACAAUCUGACCUCAAUCUGCUCCACUUGACAUCUCUGAAGCCAGUGCUCCACGCUGGGGUUUCUGCAACAAGUCGAAGGAGGGGCUUCUCUGAAGAAAUGUCAGCAGCUUACUAAUAAAAACCUCACAGGUGUCCGCAGCUUCCCGAAAGCCAUCACUAAAAGGGCAGCAGUUAAACGUUAAUUGUGAGAGCGUGCUGUCUCUAGUCCAAAGCGUUUGACAGUCUCCCUGACACCAUGACUGCACCUCUCCUGACUCCCCUGGUCGUGGCUCUCCUGAUCGCCUUGGCUCAAGGAGCUUCUGUUGGUGUGGAGAUCAUCAAUGGGAAAAAGGCUCAGAAGGGCUCCUUGCAGUACAUGGCUUCGGUUCAGAAAGACGGGAAGCAUAAAUGUGGAGGAUUCCUGAUAUCUCCUGAUUUUGUGCUCACUGCAGCACAUUGUGACAAAGGGAAAAACAUGAGUGUGGUUCUCGGCUCUCAUGACAUUCAGGACGGUAACAGGAAUGCUCUGAGAAUCCCUGUGAGGGAAGUAAUAAAGCCCAAAGAAUACAUAAAGCCGGGUGGCGGCAGUGACAUCAUGCUCCUAAAGCUAUCAAAAAAACCCAAAUUAAGCAAAAAUGUAAAAACAAUUAAAAUUCCAAGGAAGAAUAAAACCAUUGGUUCGAACAUAAAGUGUACCGUGGCAGGCUGGGGCUCAACUGGAAAGGAACCUUUCGUCACAGACCUUCAAAUUGUUGGCGUGUCCACCAUUAACCGUGACAUCUGCCAGAAACAGUGGAAUGGAGUCCUGCCAGAAAACACAAUCUGCGCUGGAGGGUACGAGACCAAAAACGGGGCAUGCCAGGGAGACUCAGGGGGUCCACUGGUGUGCAGUAACCUAGCAGUGGGAAUUGUUUCCUUCAACACCGGAACUUGCAGCUACCCAAAUAAACCCAAUGUUUAUACUCAGAUCUCAAAGUUUGUGCCCUGGAUCAAGAAGUAUGUCAAAAACCUUCCUUUGUCUUAGUCUUUUCCACUCUUACUGUAUGUGGAGAGGGUGGAGGUUCAGUGGUAAUGCCUGUCUUUAUCUCUCUGGGACACAAGAUGGUGAAUGCAUCUGUCAUCACAAGAGCUAUUCUAGUUCUACUAAGAAUAUACUUCAGUCAGUCUUAUUCAUCACAUAUCUAGUCAUUUCUAUCAGUCAGAAACAAAAUUCCAUUCAAUUUUCAAACUAGACACUGCAUGUUUAAAAGAGUUCCGUGUUUCUUUUGCCUACCCCCAUGCAAUUUACUUCAAUAAAACUUAUGCAAAUAUGA